GGGUCCCGGAGCGGAGCGGGAGGCCGGACCGGGGGAGCGGAGCGACGGCGGUGGCGGCGGGGUCGGCCAUGGCGGAGCUGGUGCAGGGGCAGAGCGCUCCGGUGGGCAUGAAGGCUGAGGGCUUCGUGGACGCCCUGCACCGGGUCCGGCAGAUUGCUGCUAAAAUUGAUUCAAUUCCUCACUUGAAUAAUUCCACACCCUUGGUGGACCCCUCGGUAUACGGAUAUGGAGUACAGAAACGGCCCCUGGAUGAUGGAGUAGGUAACCAGUUAGGGGCCUUGGUACAUCAAAGGGCAGUAAUAACAGAAGAAUUCAAAGUGCCUGAUAAAAUGGUUGGAUUUAUUAUUGGCAGGGGAGGUGAGCAGAUUUCACGAAUUCAAGCAGAAUCUGGUUGCAAAAUUCAGAUUGCCUCAGAGAGUUCUGGGAUUCCAGAGAGGCCCUGUGUACUUACCGGAACCCCAGAAAGUAUUGAACAAGCCAAACGGCUCCUGGGGCAGAUUGUGGACCGCUGUCGGAAUGGCCCUGGCUUUCACAAUGACAUAGAUAGUAACAGCACAAUCCAGGAGCUUCUCAUCCCUGCAUCUAAAGUGGGUCUGGUCAUCGGCAAAGGAGGGGAGACAAUCAAGCAGCUGCAGGAGCGGACAGGUGUGAAAAUGGUCAUGAUCCAGGAUGGCCCACUGCCCACAGGAGCAGACAAGCCUCUCCGCAUCACUGGAGAUCCAUUUAAAGUACAGCAAGCAAGAGAAAUGGUCCUAGAAAUCAUCCGAGAGAAAGACCAGGCUGACUUUCGGGGUGUGCGUGGCGAUUUCACCUCCAGAGCAGGAGGAGGUAGUAUAGAGGUUUCUGUGCCUAGGUUUGCUGUUGGGAUUGUCAUAGGAAGAAAUGGAGAAAUGAUCAAAAAGAUCCAGAAUGAUGCUGGUGUGAGGAUCCAGUUCAAACCAGACGAUGGGAUUAGUCCAGAAAGAGCAGCACAGGUCAUGGGCCCUCCAGAUCGGUGUCAGCAUGCAGCUCACAUCAUCAAUGAACUCAUUCUCACAGCGCAGGAAAGAGAUGGCCUUGGAGGCCUGGCAGUAGCUAGAGGAAGAGGCCGUGGCCGUGGGGACUGGAGUUUGGGCACUCCUGGUAGUGUCCAGGAAAUUACAUACACAGUGCCAGCUGAUAAAUGUGGCCUUGUAAUUGGCAAAGGGGGCGAAAACAUCAAAAACAUCAACCAGCAAUCAGGUGCGCAUGUGGAGCUUCAGCGGAACCCUCCUCCUAACACUGACCCCAACCUGCGGAUAUUUACCAUCAGGGGUGCUCCUCAGCAGAUCGAGGUGGCCAGGCAUCUCAUAGAUGAGAAAGUUGGCGGUGCCGGCCUCGGAGCCCCUGCAGCCUUCGGACAGAGCCCCUUCAGCCAGCCACCAGCUGCGCCACAUCAAAACGCCUUUCCUCCCAGGGGCUUCCCCAACAUCGCUGCUAAAGUUAACGGGAACCCUCACAGCACCCCUGUGAGUGGCCCUCCAGCUUUUCUGACCCAGGGCUGGGGCAGCACUUACCAGGCUUGGCAGCAGCCCACACAAGUCCCAAGCCAGCAGAGCCAGCCACAGAGCAGCCAGCCUGACUACAGCAAGGCCUGGGAGGACUAUUACAAAAAACAGAGUCAUAGCACCAGUGCUGCCCCACAGACCAGCUCCCCACCGGACUACACGAUGGCCUGGGCCGAGUACUACAGGCAGCAGGCCGCCUUCUACGGGCAGACCUUAGGGCAGGCUCAGGCCCACAGCCAGGAGCAGUAGAUGGGCGUCCGCAGCGGCUCUUCCCCGAAAUCAGUGUGAGAAAAACCUGUUUGUUACAGAGAUUUUUAGAUUUGCAAACCUUUCAAUGAAGAACUUUUGUUUUGUUCUGUGAAACACUAUAUUUAGAUUAACAGAAUUUUUCUAAAAAUCGGGAAAAUUAGUUACUAAACAUUGCUGGUAAUUUCUGUGUCAUGAUUUCUUUGUUACUUCAAAUGUGUAAGCUCUGGGGUUCUUUUGGAGCAAAGCCUGCGAGCUCAGGUGCCCGAAUUCUCCUCAGAGUCUCGACAUUUCAUCAAAUAAUGGGUUUGUUUUAUUUUUGUGUCUUUUUAUUUACAGUUUUUUUUGUUUGUUUGUUUCUGUUUUCUGUUGCAACAGAAAAAUGGCUUGGAAGUCUUAGGUGGUAUUGUAACAAAUUCUUUUAAAAAAAUUUAAGCAGUAUUUAAAUAUUCGUAAAUGUAAAUUCAUUAAGUGUUUCACCUCUAAUUUCUUGUAUCUUGGCUGUCCAGUUUUAUUGCGUUGUUUUGUUUUGUUUUGUUUCAAAGAUGAACUAUUAUGUAUUGUAAUUAAUGAUGUGAAAUGUGAGCUGAGACGGGUCCUUGUGGGGGCACUUGGGGCUGUGUCAUUUCUAGUGCUCUGAGGGUAGCGCAGAGACGCAGUCCACCUUCACGUGAGCUGCCCGUCUGCCACCUGGUGCAGUUGUGUGUCUAGACCUCCAAGCUGGUUUUAAAACAAAAAGCCUUUCUCUAUUCUCAGAAAUAUAAAUACUGUUAUUUUUAAUAUUAAAAGAAAUUCAAUAUAACUUUUAACAAACACUGUGGACAUUAAACCAUAUAAAAAUGUAGUAACUAUUUUUUAAUUCCAAGGUGUUUUUUGCUUUUUUCUUUUAAAUAUUUUCUUAAUAUUUGUCAAAUUAACUAGAUAAAUAAAUAAAUCUAGUAUUAACCACAGUAUGAGUUAAAUAAUUUUGAUUUAAUAAAAGGGAUAAUAUGAUUUCCAAUGUUUACUGUAGUGUAUCUUGUACAGAUAACAUGUAUUUUUAAAGAAAAAAAAAACGGAAUUGAAGCUAUUUUUUCUUGCAUUUUGAAUUGACCCGAGGAACAUUCCGUUUGAAAUGUGCUCAAGUUACAGUUUCCAGUUCUCUUGUUUUCUUUACAAUGCUUGAAAUGUCUAACUAUUAAAAAGGCAGUUGGAAAUGUUAUGCAUGUUUGUUUGUUUUGUUUUUUUAAAGUGUUCUUUUUAUUUGACUGACAAUUCAUUUUACACUCUAUAUAAUAAAAUUUCCACAAGAUA